GAUGAAGUUACCGGUGGCUCCAAUGUCGAGGAGGGCCCGGAACUUAGUUGUAGACGCACCAAGGGUGGCAGCGAUGAAUUUGAGGUGGAAACGAGAUGAGUUGGCGGUGGAGAUGAUGGUGUUGAGGCGGCGUUGUUCGUUGCCUAAGCGGACAAGCCGAUCGUGUCGGGCUUGUUCCUCAACAACAUCGGAGAAGGUGAUAGUGGAUGCAUUUGGAGGAAGGGUAGAGGAGGAUGAGGCAGUGGGAGGUGUUUGCGAUGCCUGGGAAUCGUCCGGUGGAGGGGGCGUCGCCGGAGAGGGGGAAGGCAAACGAAUUGUCGAUGUCAGAUGGGCCAUCGGUGCGACGAAGGAUGUCAUUGAUGGUGAUGGAGGUGGUGUCUUCGGGGGUGAUGUGGUGGAAAAAGCGGGUGCGGGAGUUGCCGGGGGGGGCCUGGUGGUGGGGGUGGAGGAGUCGAUCGUGGUGGAGCAUGCGAGAGAGGAGGUCAGCAAGGGGCAUGUCGGGUUCGUGGGCGAGGGCGGUUGGAAGGUCUUUGUGGCAUACUCGUUUGAUGCGGGAGAUGAACGCACAGUCAGGAAUGACGGUGUGGGGGAGGUGGUGUCGGAGGGAGCGGACGUAUUGGACGAAGCGGUCCGUGGGACUGGUCUGGCGGAGGUGGCGAAAUUGUUCAAGGUAGUCGUCAAUGGUUUUUUGGGGGCGGAAGGUGGCAGUGAGGAGGGUGGCCCAUUGGAGGAAGGUGGGGCGUGGUCCUCCGGAGGCUCGGCGGUUGCUAGCUUCAGCCAUCCACCAUUUGGCWGCAUUGCCGAGGAGGCGGGAGGUGGCAAUGGGGAGCCAGUGGGCAAGGGGCAUGUGGUGGAGCUGAAAAGAGUUCUGAAGCUGGGUUGGGAAGAGGAAAACGUCCUUGUGGGGGAGGCCGGAGAAGGACAUGAUUUCGCCAGAUCGGAAGGAACGGGGGAUUUCCCCGUCGCGGUGAACGAUCAGCGCGAGGGUGUUGAAGCUGAGGUUAUCGGGGGUGGUGUCGUAGCAGGUCAGCUGGCCUUUUCUACAGCAAUGUAUGGAGAAAAUGGGAGUAGGUCCCAACUUUCGCAAGAUUCCCAAGGGAAGCCGAGGACACUAACAGCAAGGGAUACCAGAUGGGGGAAUUGGUUGGAACACGGGGUCUGGCAGAUCAAGCACUUAUGGUCCCAGAAUGACAAUAGAUGGAAGACGGGGAGGGAACUGAGAGCCACGAUGAAAGGUUGCCAUAAGCUCACGGAGAAUCUAAACGACGUUCUAAUCUCCAUUCCGCAGGAACGGACGCAGUUGUUGAGAGGGCUGUGCAAAUGGGAGUGGGGUGAUUUGGCGACCUGGCACAUAAGUGCAGUUCCAGAGCAGGCCUUCCGGGUGCAGCAGGAAGUGGGCCCCGAUAAACAGUGGCUGGAUGCAGAGAUGUUCGUAAUUCGUAAUCCGGGAAUCACAGUGAGUCACCUGGAUAAGGAAUCCAAGACGGCAAUCACAGUUAAGAAGUGCAUGCUCAGGAAGAUCAGGGUGGUAGAGGAUGACGAAUUUACAGUAUUUGCACCCACGGUAGCCAUCAAAGAUUUGGAGUACGACCCGGCGGAAUGGGCAUGGAAUAUUAGGGGUGGAGAGACACGAGUGGCAACGAAGAUCAACAUUCUCCGCUAUACAACGAGACUGGGUUAUAGGCUGAGGAGAAGAUCGACCCAACUGGAUCUUCCCCUAGCCUUAAGAUGGGAAAAGAGGGAGGGGAUACCAAGAGACCAGGCACUCGUGCAGCAAUUGCAUGACUCGCCGCCACAAGUGCAGCUGAUCAGCUUCUGCUUCUUGCAUCUGACCCACCCAUUUCUCAUCCACCUAGCCCUGGUUGCUACCCCACAGCAACUGACAAUGAUCCUCUUUCUGAUCAUUUGAUGGAGCCCCCAACUGGAGAUGAUCUCUCUCUGGAACACAUGCCAGAGCAAAUGGAGUUUAUAGAACAGGAGGAACCUGACAAUCAGUCAAGACCGGAAUGAACCUCCCCCUACAGU